GACAAUUCCGAACCCAAGCGUCUCCGACAGUCAUCUGCGAACCCCGCUAUUCCUCCGCAUUCUUCCUCGUCAGAACUUCCUCUCCUCAAUCCUAUCAGAACACCAUUGCUAUUACUAGAGCGAGGAAUCUUUUAGAUCAGAUUGCAUUCACAUCUUUGCUGUGUUUUUGAUGCUUCCUCUUCGUCUGCCUUCAUUCUCUCAUUCGUUUCUACGUCGCAUCCAGUCGGUCUCUCGAAGUCAUCAUAAUCCCCACCACCACAAUUCGUGGCGAUCAUUCUCAAUGACAACAGAAAGACCAUUGGCUGACGACAAACCCAGCUCAGACAUCAGUCUGGGGGAGGGAGCACAUGAAAACCUCGAAGCUCGACGCCCAAAAAAGUUGAUCUUUGCCCCCGGUGAUAUCGAAGCAACACCAGAUCUCAAAAUCACAGCCACCGAAACCUCAGACCCUUCGGCUCCUGCACCAACAACAGCGGCUCCUCCUACCUCUCGUCUGGUCCAAGAGGCUAUUCGAUCAGAUACAUCAACCCCCGAUUCAGUCAUGGAGACCCAGAUCCUUACCCACCCAGCUCGUGCGCAUCAAUUCGUGAGCAAUCCCCCGCUUACCAUCUCCCAAAUGCACCCGGCGAACCCUCUACACCAAUUCAAUUCUUGGUUCCGUGACCCUCGGCAUGCGCCGUCCUCAGCGCCGGAGACCUGCACAUUAGCUACGGCGUCGUUGCCUUCUGGUCGUGUCAGUGCUCGUGUCGUGUAUCUCAAGGAAUUGGACGAGAGGGGCUGGGUGGUAUACAGUAACUGGGGUAGUCGAGAAGGAAAAGGUGGACAAGUAUUUGGGUCCUCCGCGGACGGUUAUGGGGAACUUGGCUCUAUGCCGAUUCCUGGAGAGGAUGAGGUCGUUGUGGAAGGGUUGGACCAGGGUAAUAAGUGGGCUGCGUUAACGUUUUGCUGGUCGCCUCUGGAACGUCAGGUACGGAUUGAGGGUUUGCUUGAGCCACUUAGCCGCGAAGAAAGCGAAAUGUACUGGCGGACAAGAGAGCGAGGAAGUCAGAUUGGUGCGUGGGCUAGCUGGCAGAGUAAGGUUCUUUGGACAGCAGAAGAAGACUCUCUGGUUGAACACCGACGAAAGAGUCAGGCUGCCGCUGCCGGUGGCCACGGUAACCCGAUUCUCGAAUCUGGCUGUCCGGAUGUUCCAGCAGACAUUGAUGAGAUCGAUCGGGAGGAUGGCCGUGCUAUGCUCGAGCAGCGGGUCAAAGACAUGGAAGCGCGUUUCGAGGGUGUGGAGAAGAUCCCUCUUCCUCCGUUCUGGGGUGGCGUGCGUUUGGUACCAGAAUCCGUCGAGUUCUGGCAAGGCAGACGGAGUCGACUGCAUGAUAGAUUCAGGUAUGUGAGGGUGCAGGGCACAGAAGAGUCAGUGUUUAAGUGGCGCAUCCAAAGACUCUCGCCAUAGAUGGCGAUAUAUCUGCCAUUGCAUACAUGGUGUUAAGCGUGAUUCAGUUAUAUACAUUAAUUAUCAGAUCAAUGAAUAGCAUGGCAUAUAAACACAACCGCUUAAUUAUAAACCCA